UACCUGCCAACUCAUCUUUACAUUUCCUCAACCCAACCGAGAUCACACCGCACAACACACGACGCAAAAAAUCCUGAAACUCCAACGUCGGUAGCAGUAGCGACUAGCGAGAGAGAUCCUUGUCAAGAUGAGCGUGGAGAUCCUGGACGGGCUGACGGUGCAGAGCUUCGUGGAGGACGAGGGCGCCUUCAACGCCUCCGUCGACGGCCGCUUCGCGGCGCUCGACGCCAACCACGACGGCCUGCUCUCCUACACCGAGAUGGCCGGGGAGCUCAUGAGCCUCCGGAUCCUGGAAAAGCACUUCGGCGUCGACGAGGCCGGUGCCGAUGGCCCCGAAGAGCUCGCGGGGCUCUACCGCGGCCUUUUCGCGCACUUUGACCGCGACGGCGAUGGGGCGGUGGACCGCGAGGAGUUCAGGGCGGAGAUGAAGGAGGUCAUGCUCGCCGUGGCCAGCGGGCUCGGGUUCCUGCCGGUGCAGAUGGUGGUCGAGGAAGGGAGCUUUCUCAAGGUGGCUGUGGACAGGGAGCUGGCCAGAGCGGCCUGACCGAUUCUGUUUGUACUACUAGCUUGUACUACUCCGUACGAGUGUAUGUUAGACUGUGCACCAGACAUUAAGCGAGUGAGGAUAAUGUUUGUGUUUUCUUUUCAAAACGAGAAGUGAGUAUUAAUGCUUGUUAAAAUAAAACGAAAUUGAAUGAAAGUG